GAGAGGAACAGGGGAGAGUUGGGGAGCAGAGAAGCCACAAUGAGAAGAAGCAUGUCUCUGUUUGUGUCACAAUGCACGCUGCUGUGUGCGCUGAUUGGUGGGACAGUGUGUGCCUGCAUGUUGAAGAAUCACACCUUGUGGAUUGAGAGGCACGACUGUGCCCAGUGUGUGGCCAUCAACACGACCAUCUGCAGUGGCUACUGUUACACACAGGACACCAAUUUUAAGGGCCGCUUUGGGAGGACCUUCCUGAUCCAGCGUAGCUGUGUGCCUCUCUCCCUGGUGUACCGACCAGCCUGUUUUCCUGGCUGCUCUAAGGAUGCCACCCCACAGGUGUAUUAUCCCGUGGCCCGCUGCUGUAGCUGUAAGCGCUGUGACACACGCACGCACAACUGUGUCCGCACCAGCCAAAACUCUUACGACCAAUGCCCCAUGACGCAUGGCAUUGUGAAGAACCAGAACCAGUCUGCCUCUGAAAUAUACAUAUGACAAGAGAUGUACACACAUUGCAAAUGAUACAGCUGUAACCUAAUGGAGCAGUUUCUGCUCUCUUAUAUUACUGUAGUUCAACUUAGCUCCUCAGCUGUUCGUGUUAUACUUUUUUUUGUAAUUUGUUAGGCAAUAUAUUGCAAAAAACCCUGUGUUGAACAUGCAUUACAGCUUGAAUGAAUGUGAAUUGUAUUAGCUGUGCAAAUGACAGUGUAUGCAUGGUUUGAAAGAGAGAAAGUGUGUGCGUGUGGAGAAUGAUCUUGUUGAUUUGUAUAGAUUUGUCAGGGUGUCUGAAUGGUUUAGCACUUACACAGUAUGUGUGGAAAACCAUUCAGAUACUUCCAUCCAUGUUGUGAAUGAAAGUAUAUUACACACAUAUGUAAAUAUCAAAUCUUUCGCACAGAGGACACAGGUGUAACUAUAAUGGUUGUGUUAGUGAUGAGGGUUCAACACACUGGAGCCCUGACUGUGGGCUAUUGGAAAUGAAUGUUGUCAUUAAUUAAUGUGCCCUGGUGAAACAGAACAGAUAUGACAUGCUCACCCAUAAAAAGCAUCAGUCACCAAUGGACUGUCAUCACAGUAACUGGGAGUAAAUUAUUCUGUGUAAAACAUUUGACAGUAAAACAUCCUGAUAGUACUUUGUUCUGGAAAUAUCAUCCUGACAAAAAAAAGCCUCCUCCCUGUAAAAUACUCUGACAGUUAAUCUGCUGGGGAAGCUUUUCCCUCUUCAAUCAAACCCUCUGAUCAGAAGUUUCCCCAAAUUAUGUCAUCCCAGCUUCAGGCUCUGUUCCUCAUCACCAUGACCAGUGUCGAGGCUUGGGGGUGGUGUGUGUGUGUGUGUGUGUGUGUGUGUGUGUGUGUGUGUGCGUGUGUGUGCGUGCGUGCGUGUGUGUGUGUGCGUGUGUGUGUGUGUGUGU